CAGAAAAGACAUAUUUCAGCUAUGACGUCGUCCUGACACUUGUAAGGUGUGACCGCUAUAUUUAAGGAGGAACACUCUCCGGGACAGCACCAGACGGAGCAAGGAGGCGUCAAAGUGGAGCAACUCAGCUGAUCUGACACAGAGCUCUCUCACAGUUGGGGGCCCGUCAAAAAGAAAUGGUCAAUGUACAAAAAGAGGAGCGCCCCUGGAUGGGUAGAGUCCGGAGGAUUGUGACUUUUACCUUUGCUUUUAUAGUUCUGGGUGGGGUACUAUGGGCGUUUAUUGACAGCAUACCCCUAGCCACAGAUGAGUUUAGAAUCAUGGCUUUUGGCAUCUAUGGUGCCUUCCUCACAGCCCAUCUGGUCAUCCAAAGCUUUUUUGCCUUUUUGGAGCACAGGAAGAUGAGAAGAGGAGGCCUCCCCUGCUCUUACACCAAAUCAGUGGCUUUGACCAUAUCUGCCUACCAGGAAGACCCCAUUUAUUUACGCGAGUGCCUGGAAUCUGUCAAGAACACACAGUACCCCCCAGACAAACUCCGAAUCAUCAUGGUAAUCGAUGGUAACAGUCCAGACGACCAAUACAUGAUGGACAUGUUUAAGGAAGUUUUCUCAGAGGAAGACGUGGGGACGUAUGUCUGGAAAAAUAACUACCAUCACUGGGACAAAGAGACGGCCGAAAAAUUCCAUGGUGCUGGAGACAUCAUUACCGAAGACCAUACUGGACUAAAUAAUGAAUCCCAGGACGAAAAUGAAAUCUAUGCCAGAAUUAACGAAGUCUCCAGGUAUGAUGAUGCCAGAGUCAAUCCUGGGCUUUUCACCAUUGGGAUGGAGAUGCAGGAUCUUUCUGGUGACCAACUGCAAGAAGACCCAUUGCCGAUGUACACAGAAAUCGAAAUGGAAGAUCCUACCAGAAUGGAGGUUGAGACUCUUAUUAAGACAAGGCGAUGUGUGUGCAUCAUGCAAAAAUGGGGUGGGAAGCGAGAAGUCAUGUACACGGCCUUCAAAGCUCUGGGAGAUAGUGUAGACUAUGUCCAGGUGUGUGACUCAGACACAAAACUGGAGCCCCUGGCCACCUUGGAACUCGUGAAGGUCCUGGAAUCUAAUGAUGGCUAUGGAGCAGUCGGAGGAGAUGUGCGAAUCCUGAACCUCUCUGACUCCUACAUAAGCUUCAUGAGCAGCUUGAGGUAUUGGAUCGCCUUCAAUGUGGAAAGGGCAUGUCAGUCCUACUUCAACUGUGUCUCCUGCAUCAGUGGUCCUCUAGGUCUUUACCGAAACGAUCUUCUUCAGACUUUCCUUGAGUCUUGGUAUAACCAGAAGUUUUUGGGAUCCCAUUGUACUUUUGGAGAUGAUCGGCAUCUGACCAACAGAAUGCUCAGUAUUGGUUACGCAACUAAGUAUACUGCACGAUCAAAAUGCUAUUCUGAGACUCCUGCCCAGUUCCUUCGUUGGCUGAACCAACAGACUCGUUGGACCAAGUCUUACUUCCGGGAAUGGCUGUACAAUGCUUUGUGGUGGCACAAGCAUCAUCUCUGGAUGACCUAUGAAUCAAUCAUUGCCGGCAUUUUUCCAUUUUUUGUUACAGCUACAGUCAUAAAACUAUUCUUCAGCUGCCAUUUGUGGGAUAUUAUGUGGGUUCUACUCACUAUCCAACUCAUUGCCACCAUCAAAGCCUUGUAUGCGUGUUUCCUUCGAGGCAACCUGGUCAUGAUAUUCAUGUCCUUAUAUGCUGUGUUGUAUAUGGCCGGCCUCCUUCCCACCAAGUACUUUGCCAUUCUCACUAUGAACAAGAGCAGCUGGGGAACAUCUGGACGGAAGAAGAUGGUAGGCAACUAUAUUCCUCUUCUUCCACUGUCUCUUUGGUGGGGAGUUCUCCUUGCAGGUCUGAUCUAUACCAUCAUCAUGAUGUCACUUUGCACUAAUUGUAGACUCAUUGACGCAGAGAAAAACUACUUGAUCUAUGGAGCUUCGGCUUACGCCAGCUACUGGCUACUCAUGAUUGCCCUUUACUGGAUAUGGAUCAGACGCUGCUGCAGGAAGAGGCGCGAUUACUACGAUGUUCAUAAUUGACCAAGAUGACAAUCGAUCCAAUAGAGCACACUGCCAGAUGUAUUAGCCAAGAUGCAAGGGAACCUGAAGAAGCUCAGACUAAAAUUGUAGUGGUUUCAUCUCUCUCCCCAACUAUGUUAGAGAUGGUUCGUCAUCCAGUAUCUUGUUUGUUCCUUCUUUGGUCCUUGCUUAUUGCAUUAUCUUAUCUUGGUGUUCAGACAAACUCAGCAAUCAUACAAUCAAUGGAACAAGACUAGAUGGUUCGGCCUUUUUUGACUUGUAGCACAGCCUAAAUACAGAAAACUGGUUAAGACUUGAACCAAUGGAAGUUACAGUCCCUCAAGUCACCUCCUACCCAUGAAAAGAGGAUGACGGCGGCUCAGGGAAGAUUUAUUAUUGCUGCUUUAGGGUCUUUCUGUUACAGAACCACCUAAACAUGGGGGUCAAGGGUACACCUAUACAAUUCUGCGUUUGUAACCAACAUGGCGGUUAUAUCGCUGAUAAAAAUACUAUGAAAAAUUGUUAUAAUAUUAGCAUUUUCCACUGUCAAGAAUAUAUAAAAAAUGGUAGUAAUAACAAUUUCAUGAAGUUUUACUGACACUUUAGUCCAUGGCCUGAGGUCCUCUAAUCCCCUUUCUAAACUUAUGAAGAUGCAUUAUCGUAUUAUGUGCACAUAAUGACUAUUACAUCUAUAGAUUUUAUAGAAUUAUUUAUUUCAUUUUUGUGUUUUUACUAAGAAUAAAAUGUUUAUUUAUUAUUA